GACGACGUCUUUCUCGGAGACACCUGGAUCCCGUACCUAGCUCAGGCUGACGACAUCCUACUACUUUCCCGCUCUCCUGAGGGCUUGCAGGCGAAACUGGAUGCGCUCGCUCGAUGGUGCUUGAGAAAUGGUCUCGCCGUAAACGUUUCGAAGUCGCUCAUCAUGGCGUUCGGACCCCUGCCCACACGAUGCCCACGCUUUCGACUAAACGACGGCUUCCUCCGCUUUGUCCAGAGCACAACAUACGUCGGUGUGAUCAUCAACUCCACGAAACGAAACAUCUUCGCCGAUCACCGGGCCGCUCAAGCAAAGAAAGGUCGUCGAGUGGCGAACGCGUCCCUGUCCCUGGAGGCACACAUCGGUCCGAUGCCUCUCGACAUUGCGCGUACCCUGUACGACGCUCUCAUCGACCCCCAUCUACUCUCCGCAUCUGCCGUCGAUCUGGACGUCAAUCACGCAGAGUUAUAUGACCUAGAACUGGUGCAGCACACCUUCGCAAAGCGAGUGUCUCGCCUCCCGGCGCACUGUCAGCCCCUCCCCGCACUCCUAGACCUGGGCUCGUGGCCGCUGCGCUUCCGCCGUAUCAAAAUGGCGGUGAAGAUGCUUGUUGCGCUGGUCGCCGAAGGCGCCCCGAGCGUCCCACGAGCUGCUCUCGCAGUCGCACACAACCUCGCGAGUCAUGGACACCCGUCGUGGCUGAGCGACAUGGCCUACACACUGAGGGCUCUACCAGUCUCUGUGACCCUCGAUUUCCGUGCUACCCCGACACGUGCUACAGCCCUGCAAGCUCUAGAGGACAUCCAGGACGCACUACGGACGUACGCUGUGCAGCUCCUCCACACAUCUCCGAAACUCGCGGUCUGGAAAUGGGCAAUCCUGCCCGCCCUGGGGAACAAUCCCACCCUGCUCGCGCUCCUGCGCACCCGUGCGUACCGCUCAGUCGCGCGCGUCUCACACCGUCGCGCCAUCGCCCGCCUGCUCGCCGGUAUCCCCCCCUAUGCGAUC